AGAAAGACAAGGGGGAAACCCUGAAAGAAGACACAACAGUCGCUCAAAGGAGGAUACAGGAGCAACAGAAGCAUCCCGGUUCCUUCAAGGGGAAGAAAAGGACGAGGAGCUGGUACAUUUUUGAAUUCCUUUUCCCAUCUCUGUGGCAUGGUUCCCCCUUUAUUCCCACUUUCUCUCCAGCAUCCCCCCCUCUCCAUCCUUCCCCGCAUGCCCCCUCUCGUUGGCUCAGGGACCGCACUGCUGCAGCUGAGUGAAACGGUUCAAGCUAUGGUUCUCACCCUGGCUGCCACCGCAGCAGCCAUGAGCAGCGGCGGUGGCACCGGCUUCAACACUUCCUCUCCCCUCGACCCAUUCGACUCCUCAACGUCUUGGAGCGUAAGCGAGGAUCCCUCCAACUCUUCUUCAGAGCCCUUCUUGAGAACUCUGACUCCGGACCUCCAGCCGGCGACCACUGCUGGCACCGUGCAGGAAGUCAGCCCUUGGGAUAUUGCGUUGUGCGUAACAGGGACGCUCAUCUCCUGCGAGAACGCCUUGGUCAUCGCUGUGCUGUUCUACACGCCGACACUUCGCGGGCCCAUGUUCAUCCUGAUCGGAUCGCUAGCCGUGUCAGAUCUUCUGGCUGGUCUGGGCCUCAUCUUAAACUUUGUCUUCACCUAUUUGAUCGAUAACUCGGUGGAAUUUGUGACGUUGCUGUCGGUCGGACUUCUCAUCUCGGCCUUCUCCGCGUCCGUCUUUAAUAUCCUCGCCAUUACGGUUGACCGCUACCUGUCGCUGUACAAUGCCCUGACCUACCACACCGAGCGGACAGUCACUUACACUUACAUAAUGGUGGUUUUUAUCUGGGUGACGUGUGUCACUCUGGGCCUCCUGCCGGCACUCGGAUGGAACUGCUUCAAAGAUGAGUCUUCGUGCAGCAUCUGUCGCCCAGUCACCAAAAACAAUGCGGUGGCGCUCGCCGUCACCUUCCUCCUCGUCUUUGCCCUGAUGAUGCAGCUGUACCUUCAGAUCUGCAAAAUCGCAUUCCGCCACGCACAGCAGAUUGCGGUACAACACCAGUUCAUGGCCAUCUCCACCACCAAAGGGGUCUCCACGUUGUCGGCCAUCCUGUGUGCCUUCGGGGUUUGCUGGCUGCCAUUUGCCAUGUACUCCAUUGUGGCCGACUCCAGCUACCCCAUGAUAUACACCUACGCCACCGUCCUCCCGGCCACCUGCUGCUCCGUGAUCAACCCCGUCAUCUAUGCUUUCCGAAACCCAGAUAUCCAGAAGUCUCUGUGGAUGGCUUGCUGUGGGUGCGUCCCAUCCAACCUCUCCUUAAGACCCAGGACUUCCAGUGAUGUGUAGCAAGAAAGGCUAGGGGGUCUAGGAUGAUGCAAGACGAAGAGUCGGGGUAAAAAGAUCGAGAGUCUGGCGUGAGAAAGGCAAGAAGGCUUUGCUCUCCUCCUCGCAUCAGGGCUGGAAAGCUGAUGACAAACGCUGAGCUGGCCACAGUCAAAGAGGCACCGACAGAUGACUGAGAGGAGGCAUGGUCAAAAAAAAAAGAAGGAGCUAAUAAAGGCUAAUAAACCCUGGAGAACAACCAACUGCAGGAAGUAAGCAGCAGGAAACCAACUGCAAAAUCGUGAUUCAAGGUAUAUUUUUAAACUCUCUACUUCUUUGGUGAAUGAGAGAAGUGAAGCCCCUCAUGAGUAGCAUAUGUGUGAAGGUGAAAUUUUAGUGGAGGAAAAAAAAAUUGUACUAAAUCUCCAGAGGAUGCUCUGGAUGGUUAUGCAAUCAGGAAGGAUGCUUAAAAUACUGUACAUCUCUUCACUCAAGUGUUUGAAAUCAAGUGCUGUGUGGAUAAAAAUACAAUGAGCUAAAAAUGAAUGACUUUCAACAUUCUCAAUGAGCUAUAUUUGUAGUCGACUCUUGAUAAAUUACUAAAAAAAAAACUGCUCUAAGUCAGCCAUGUUCCCUUUAUUAGAAGCAGAUUAGGUGAAAAGAGUGCAGCAAAAAUUAGCUUUGUAAUUUCCCCAUUACUUUCUAAGCCCAUUUUAAAUUUACCCAACGCCAACAUCCCAGCCUUCUGUCGUCAGAAGUUCAAAUGAAAAACAACAACCAAAAAUAAAUCUAACCAUUAAGUGAACUGAUAAGUAGGAAAAUUUUAGGGAGGGAUUACUAAAUUUAGACCUGGCAUGUGUUGUCCUUGGCGUCAUGACAUCAAACCUGUUCGGCAUCUGAGGAAAAAUAGGUUUCUCAGGCUGCUGCUGGGCUGUGACUACAAAGCAGAGCUGAAUUCAGCACCAAGGACAGCUCACUGCAGAGCGCCGCUACCCUGGGAAAUGCUCUCGGCUGUGGUGGUGGUGGUGGUGGAGGGAGGGGGGUCUGAAAAAGUAGGCUAUGCUGUUCUUUACACCAUCUUGCUAAGGAUCGGGAGACAGAGAUGGGGCUUAAAGGACAAUUGCAUUUGAUUGCAGUAGGUCUAUGUUUAGUUCAGAUAGAAUCACACAUAGUUCCAUGUUUUGAUAGGACUAUCAAAACUGUCGUCUCGUUUGACGUAAUGGGGCUGCUUUUGUUCAAUACACAAAAACUACACUUACCUUUGUGUUUCUACUCUAACUUUAGCAAACAUUGAAAAACAUCCACUAAAUUAAACACUUGUUUUCAAAAGCUUAUUGCGCACAAUUGUAGUAUUUUUAAUCUGCAUUGUGUAGACUAAUACAAAUGUAAUAAUCCGGUAUGAGCAGGUAAACUAGUAGGACUAUCUGCUCUGUAGCACUUUCAGUCAGCCGAUAACCAGACAUGCUGCUUGUAGCUUACCAGCUGUAGUGUUUAAAGAGCGUAACAUGUACAAGACUCAGGGUUUCCCUCAGUGUAUUAUAGGCCUGGCGGUCCACCAGGCUUUACUUGUGCCCCCACCAGGCUUAGCGUUGUUAAUUUAUCUGAGGUUUUUACUAAAUUAUUGCCUUUUUUUAAGACUUUGUAGUUGGUGGUUAGGUAUUAAUCUUUCAGUCUUCCAAAAAUGCAUAACUAUCAAGUAAUAUUUUCAAAUUUCCUGUUAACUUUAAACCCUUUUUAAUUCAAAAACAUGGCAGCUGGAUGGAUAACCGACCUAUGGUACCGAGCAUCGGGGCUUAAACCCUGAAGACUGACAGGGUUUCUCUGUUGGAUUAUAAGCCAGGCAGACCACCAGGCUUUUCUUGCCCCCAUUCACCAGACUAAGCCUUGUUUAUUUAUUUUAAAUAGGGACUUUUUAUAUUCCAGUAACAGUGACAGUAAAGACGGUUUAUACUGACCGCAUUAAGCACCUGCCCAUUGGCCUCACAUGCUAUAAUCGUGAUGCCUGCUCAUCCACCUCUGAAUUUUUGAAACUAAAACACGAAAACAAGUGGGCUUAGGAGAUUUCCUGUGGGAAACCCGGUAUAUUUCCAAAAAUUUGUCUUUCUUGUAAAUAAGGGUAAAAAUAGGGAGUGCCUUCUUUCAGCUGGCUGAUCAGCAGUGCGCAGUAGCAGACGAGGAAAGGAAAGGAAAGCAAUGCUUUAUCCUACACUCCAAUCUCAUCAAAACAAUGUUGAACUGUAUGAAUUAAAUCACUGGAAAUUGUGUCGAUUUGGAAUCUGCACCUUUUUAAAGCAUCUGGGUCAGUCGGUUCAUGCCUGCCGGGAACUCCCCUGUUUAUCGCCAAUCUCCACACGGCCGUUCACCCAAAGCAGCUAAACUCAAGCACUCUAGAUUGCUUUGGUUUGUGCUGCCGUGUGACUUCCAUCUCAAUUCCCCAGCUUGCAGAACGUCAGCAGCAGCCGGAUUUGCUCUCGCCCCGCCCCGAAGAGGCAGUUGCAACUCUGGCCCGGAGCUCCUCUGAAGGCUCGGCGGGUUAAUGAGAAGCCAGAGAGAAGAGGUGACGUGGCGUGAAAUAGAAACGCCAGGCGAGAUGUAGCUUAACGCAGCCUUGACUCACACAACUACACAGCUCUCUUCCACUGGAGGUUGGAAGGUGUAUUUCCAACCCAAAAGGCAUCGCCCAAGUUUAAUCCAGUUAAUGUUAUUAACAUCUCUGCACCAGAGAGAUGAUGUUCAGAGAAGGAGCUAAAGAGGCGAUCAUUUCCAGUCCUUUGUCUGCAUUUAAAUGAUCUGCAUAGAUAGCUUUCUCGCUCUCUCGUGUUCCUCUGCACAACCUCAGAGAGAGUUACGAUGACUAAGCUACUGGCAUCCUGCUAAUGUAGGUGUGUGGGAGGUGUGCUGGCUUUGGGAAAAUCUAUAUGGGCUGUAGAUUCAAACUAAAAGUUUAGAGACAGAAAAAAAGAAAUAGCUGGUUUUUGCAGCAACGGGGAGUUUACUUUGAAUUUAGUGCUUUCCACCAAAUAUGUUGAGGAGAUGAAAGCAAAAAUCACACCGUUGAAAAAGGCACAUAGGAGAAGCAGUUAGCUUUUGUUAUUUUCUGUGUUGUAUACGAAAACUUUUAAAAGAAGCAUUUUCUACGUUUCUUGGCAGGAAAAGUACAAUCAGUUGUUUUUGCAGCCGUUGUUAGCAAAACAACAGCUGCACAGUUUUCUGUCAAAGACAAGAUCAUUUAUUUGUGUCUUAUUUCUUUUGGCUUUCCUUGCUUUUGGUAUGACAUGGAGCAAAAUAUACUUUGCUGCAUUUUGCUGUGUACAAAAAGCCACAAUGAAGGUGUAGAGAAAAAAGAAAUGUGGUCAGCUUGGAAACGUCGCUGGAAAAAAAAAAUAUCGCAAAUAACUUGACUUCAUACUGGAUUUAAAAGGAAAUGAUCUGAAUGGAUGGUUGUGUAUCCAAAGUACUAAAUGUUUCAAACAGCAAUCUAAAAACAUCGUAUAAGGUGAACCCAUCUAUCAAAGAAGCUUUGACCACCUCUCUUUUGUACCAACACUGCAAUGAUGGAACUGCCUAAUUAACCGCUAGCAUCAAUAAUUAGGUAAAAUCCAUUCAAUUACCCAGAGGCUCGAGAUGGAUGUAGUAGUUUGGUACGUUGGAGAGUAAAGUAAAGUGAAAGUAAACUCAAUGGUUGAAUCCAUUUUACAUUAAAAGCGGAUGCAGAAGGUUUUUGUCAAAAAAACCAGCCUAAGCAUUUGUCUUUGGAAAUGCUAGAUGGGACAAACAGGGCUGUGGUGAAUUUGGUGAGUGAUCGUUAAGGUUUGUACUGUUUCUGUACCCGAUUUGGUCUGAUAUCUAAACGGUGCACAACAAGAACAGCUCCCUGAAAUUCAUAAAGACCUGCUUGAGCAGCUCAAACGGUGGCCGACAAGAGACAAAAAGCUAUGGACCGGAUUUGAAAGGGACAGAGUUAAUUUCAACAUUCAAAAACCUGUAAAAAAAAAACAAAAACAAAAAAACAACCACAAUAAAACAAAACCCUUUGCUUUCUUGCUAGCUAAAAAGCUACCGCUCUCAAAGCUAACCGAUAUGGUUUCCAUUGGACUACAAAUCAUUUAAGUAAACUGGAAAAAUUAUCAAGAUCUUUCAGUGAUACGCCACAAAUUUGACAGAUGUCCAUGUUCCAACUGUAAAUUAAAUCUCAUGAAAAAUAUGUUUUAGAAAAUUGUUCUUUCACCUUCACAACAGUGACUAAUAUAUUAGUAUCAAAGUAUCGAUAUAUUUGGGAAUAUAUAUAGGAAGUCAACCGAAUCUCCACAGACAUCUCUUAGACGUAAAGUAAUGAAUGUUCUUGCUUCAGAAACCAAACUUGAUGAAUGUCUGGAAUUAAUAGAAAAAGUCUGUGUGAUGGUGUCAUCAAAUUGUUCAUUAAUUGAUCAAAAGAAUACAGUAUGGUCAUUUUCUUCUUUAACAAGGUCAAAAGAUUUGAGCUGGAGUUCUCCACUUUUUUUUUAGCUUCAUGUUCAAGCUUUGGUUUUAUCAAACCGACAUGUUUUUAGACCAAGUUGUGCCAUACAAGGUUUGUUGUGUUUUCGACAACCGGCAGUAUUUUCUCUGGCAGUGUUGGCUUGAGCCACCGUAUGAAAGAUUUCACGAGGGUGAAAAAGAUCCAAAGUGAAGAAUUGAUCCAACUCUGGGGGAAAUCGUAAAAACCAGACAAAGAACCCUCGAGCCAGCAGCUUGAUGAAGUUAUUUCCAACAUUUAUCAGCUGACAGCAUGAGUAGCAUUCAUGGUGUUGUUUUCAUUUUGUUUGUUUUAAGAUGAUGCUCACGGUCCCAUCUGGCACGUCCAGCAGUUUAAAAUACUCAUCUGUGAAUAUGGCACUAACUCAACCAUUCCUGGGGACGGGAGUGAAGCGACCUCUCACUGUGUGUGUGUGUAGGUGUGUGUGUCUGCUGUCCUGUGCGUUCUCCACCAAGACGCAUAGCCAAUUGUAAGGAACCAUAACUGAACUAAGUCUCACUGUAAACACAAACACUCGCUGAAUGGGUCUGUCCGAUGCUACGCCCGACGAUAAUUGUUUUGCUUUUUGAGUUUUUUUUUUUUUUUUUUAUGAAACUGUUCAAGUGAGUGUGUGUUAUUCUUUCUUAUGCAAGGCUGUACAGAAAUGUAUAUUUUUGUAAUGUUUAUCAUCAGGGCAUGAGUUCCAAGAUAUGCUCCCUGCUGUACAUGUGUGAACGUUUCUUCCUCUUCUUACGUUUUCUUCCUAUUUAUAAAUGUUUACCGUUUCCUUUUUGGAGGGAAAAAUAAUUUAUUGAACAUGCUGAAAAAGUGCCAUUUUUCUUAUUUUAUUAUUUUUUUUACUUAUUUAGUGUCCUAUUUUUGGUUCCUGUAAAUACAUCUUUGUUUAAAGGUGAUUCUCGUAGCAGAAUCUGAAGUCAUUGGAGUGCUGAUUCCUGAAAAAAAAAAAAAAAAAAAGAAAAAAAAAAAAGAACAACAAGAUCUCAACACAGCAGCUAAAAGCGGAAGGAUCUAAAAAAGGUGAAAAUAGUGUGGUAUUUUAAAAAGGGUUCUAGUGAGGUAUGACUGAUCAUCACGCCGAGCAAAUGGAAUAAAAAAUCUUCUGAACUGCAGUGCUGUGAAGAUGUGUUUGCCCCUUUACAGAUUUCUUCCCUUUGCCCUUUUUAGAUCAUCAAACUAAACUUCAUAUCCCUGAAUUAUAGCUUAAGAAAAUAAAUAAAUGAACAAAUAAUGAUUUCAUUGACCAGAGGAAAGCUGCUAUCCAAAGCAACCUGUGAAAAUUUAAACGCCACAGUUCAUAAAACUGGCUUAACUUGAGCGACAAGAUGUAAAAUUGGUGAUAUCAAUUUUGACCUGCCCAUGUUUUCUGACUCUAAACUUUUAAACAGCACCCACAUCAUUUUCCAAAAGUUGCAGCAUCUCUGCUUCCAAAGCUAUGCAUCAGGUGUGGGAAUAAAGUGCAGUAAAAUCGCAUCCAUUGGGCCAGAUGUACUAUUAAUAUGAACAGAGUGAAGGUAUUUCUCUAGAUAUUUUACAAAAUAUCACAUCAGUAUUUCGCACAUGCCGAUGUUGUGAUAGCACUUUACAGGUAUGAAGUGCUGUCACGUGAUUUAAAAUAUAUCUAUUACUA